AUUUCGUAGACUUGCGUCCGUACGAUCCGUUUUUCCACAAUCUCGUCAAUUUUUUUUUAUCAGGUCAACAAAAUUUUUAGUUCUAUGUUAUUACAAAUGUAGUGUGGACGUGUUGUAUAUAGUUUUUUCAAAAUGGUGUCGUGUCAAUUUUUUAGUUUUAGUGCGUUUUUUGUGCUUUUCUUUGGUGUUAAAAUAAGCGUGACUCAAGUUGACGUUGGCACAGAGACUACCAGCCCGGAGCCGUUAUCGACAGCAAUAUGUACCACAUGUUCCUGUGCGGAUGGCGUGGUCAACUGUAUGAAUCUUAAUCUGACUGCAUUUUUCGAAAUUCCUGAUUGGGAUGGUCUCAGGGAUUUCCAGCCGCUUUCAGUCAAUCUAAGCCAGAAUCCUAUCACACAUGUGACAAGGAUAUCGAAAUUGCCCAUACGAGAAUUGAACCUGUCCAAUUGUGAUAUUCAAACUCUAGAAGAUGGAAGUUUUGUAUACUUGGAAGAUUUGGCUGUCUUGGAUUUGUCUAAUAAUAAAAUAUCCACGUCGGCGAUCAAUAAGAAGGUUUUUGCUGGUCCCCUAGGCUUGAUUGGACCAGUGAAUUUCAAAAACAUGCAGUACCUAAGCUUAGCGAACAACGAUCUACACUCUUUAGCACAAGACCUAUUUUUGUUUAUGCCCGAUUUGCUGCAUUUGGAUCUGAGUGAUAAUCCAUUAGCUUUCAUAGAUCAGGUCACAAUGGGAGCCAUUUCUGAUUUGAAAUAUUUAAAGGAGCUGAAACUAAGCAAUUGUGAAUUAGAGACGUUACCUGAUGGUCUACUGAGAAGACAGAGGAAGUUACGACGAUUGGACAUAAGUAAUAAUAGGUUUACAACUAUUCCAUCCGUCCUGAAGGAAGCCCCAAGUCUGACAUACUUGAAUCUGGAUAGAACGCCUAUACAGACGUUAGAUUCAAACACUGCCUUAUGCAACCUGACCAAAUUGCAAGAAUUAAGUUUAAGUAGACUCAGUAGACUACAGAAUGUCUCAGCUGGUGCUUUAGCUGGUCUAGGUGACCUGACUAUCUUAAGGAUGAACUACAACCCUAGAUUGACUAAUCUGGACCCAGAUUUUCUGGUUUCGAAGAAUGAGGAUGAUGAGGAAGUGUGGCCAAAUCUCAGCGAGCUAUACCUAAACAAUAAUAAUCUAUCCAGCAUAGAUUCUGCAAUAAUUGACAACUGGAAGGAACUGGUGGCAGCAGACUUUUCCACCAACCCUUAUGUUUGCGACUGCAAGAACCAGUGGGUGGUGGACGUUCUUGUACCAUUACUGAUAACCAUGUCUGCUAACUCGUCUAUUAACAAUAUGGUCUGUAAAAAGCCGCCUGAACUAAAAGGCCUUACGUUUGGCCAGCUGAACGAGGCCUCAAAAACUUUGGUCUGCUUGGAGUCCGAGAGCAUCACUGAGGUUCAAGUAUCCAAUAUGGCGAUUAUUCUCGGAAUUAUGAUCGGUAUUGUGGUAACUUUUCCAAUAGUAUUGGUGUUGGUUCUUCUAUGGAGACGAGGGUUCUUCUCCAAGUUAAGAGGGGAGAAGCACGAAUACGACGAGGAAGCUGAAGAUCUGUAGUUUAAUUUAAAAUUAGUCUUUAAGCCAGACCUGGGUACGUCUUGAAACUACGACCAGCCACCGAGAGAAGAAAACUUAAUCCCCAAGUAAAUUGCCAAGUGUGGGGAUUAUGUCAGUCUCCCAAAAAGGAGGUCUGAUGAUGGAGAUGAAAUAAUGUUACAAGGCAGAAGAUAUAAUAUUCACCAGUUAUGUAAUGUCUUCUGUGGUAAGGCCUAAAAGGCCUAUUUUGCUGAGAACUUCAAGAAUCGAAUAAGGCUCUUUUAUCGAAGUGGGCUUUUGCCGAUUUAGUCUGUGUGGAUGUCGCUUUACGACUAAGCUAGAGCUAAAGUCCUAUGAAGUUCUUGUAGAAAAUGUGUUUUUAAAAUAUAAUAAAAAGUGUCUUAUUUUCUGUAAAUAACUUCUAAAAAAAUAUAUUUGUUAAUGA